AUGACAGAUGUGGAAUAUUUUGAGCACAGAAACUUGUUUCUUCAGUCUAACACAAAGUGUUUUACCAAUCUAUAUAAAUAUUACAGUUUUGCGGCAUCAAACAAUGAACCCGAAAGACUGAUAAUGUUGCAUAAAAUACCGGACUAUUCAAAACCGCGUAAGGGCCCAGGCGAAAUGGGGUCCGGGGUUUAUCUGGAGGGGAAAGAGGCGGUUUUAGCACAGGAUCAAAUGAAAUUUUGGUUUAUGAAUGUGAUUGCAAGUGAUAAGAUAAGCCUCGAUCGCAGUAUUCCUGAUUCUCGUAGUCGAUCGUGCCAGGCUGUAAAAUAUAACAAGGAUUUGCCAAAGGCCUCUGUAGUUAUCAUCUUUACGGACGAAGCAUGGUCACCGCUGCUUCGUACUGUACAUUCUGUUAUAAACAGAUCACCACCAGAGUUUCUUCAUGAAAUCGUCUUGAUAGAUGACUUUAGCCAAAGAGAGGAACUGAAAGAAAAUUUAACUGACUACAUAAAGCGAUUUGGCGGUCUGGUCAAGCUGAAGAGAAUGGAGGAACGCCAGGGGUUGAUAAGAGCUAAGAUAGAGGGAGCUAAGUUUGCAACUGGUGAAGUUGUAGUGUUUUUGGACUCUCACUGUGAAGCCAACUCAGGAUGGCUCGAACCUUUGCUGCAAAGAAUAAAAGAAAAACGUACCGCGAUAGUCUGUCCGACCAUUGAUUCAAUUUCAGAUUCAACUCUUCAGUACCUUGGAGGCGGAGCAUACUCAAUUGGAACAUUCUGGUGGAGUCUACACUACAAAAUGGAUCCUAUUCCGGAAAGAGAAAAAAGGCGUAGAAAAAAUCCUGAAGUUGAUCCUCUAAUGUUGUCGGUCUUACCGAACAUUAAUUUAGCUCUGUGUCGUAGGACUGUAAUAACUCUUGUUUAUUUUUGGUCACCGACUAUGGCUGGAGGACUUCUUGCUGCCAACAGAGAAUAUUUCUUCGAAGUAGGAAGUUAUGACUCAGGAAUGGAUAUAUGGGGCGGUGAAAAUCUAGAGAUAUCUUUCAGGGUGUGGAUGUGCGGCGGCAGCAUCGAGAUAAUUCCGUGCUCUCAUGUUGGCCAUAUAUUUCGGUCAGGACACCCGUAUAAUAUGACAGGUAGAGGAGGCAAUUUAGACGUUCAUGGCACUAAUUCGAAACGACUUGCUGAAGUUUGGAUGGAUGAUUACAAGCGCCUUUACUAUGUUCAUCGAAUGGGUCUAGUCAACACUGACGUCGGAGAUUUAUCAGAACGAAUUGAACUUAGAAAGCGGCUUGACUGCAAAUCUUUCAAAUGGUAUCUGGACAAUAUUAUACCGGAAAAGUUUAUUCCAGACGAGAAUGUGAAGGCAUAUGGUUUGGCAAGUUAUUGUGUUUUUUUAAAUAAGCAAAUUGGUUCCUGUUUUUUACGUAAUCGUGAAAAGUACGUGUCAGAAUGUUACGGUUUCUGCUUCAGCAGAGUUCGAAAUCGCGCAAAUAACGGCGAUUUGUGUUUGGAUACUCUUCAGAGGUUGGAGAAUAAAGGUGAUGUUGUUUUGGGUGUAUUCGCUUGUCAGAACAGCGGGAGUGCAUCUCAAAUGUUUUCAUGGAGCAGUGAUAGUCAGUUAAGGCGUGAAACGACUUGUGCCGAUAUCAGUCCGGCAGUUUUACCAGACAAACCAAACGCAAGUGAAGUAUUGCUCGUUCAGUGUAACCCAAGAAUGCCUGUUCUUUUCGAGCAUCAAAAGGACGGAGCUUUGAAACAUAUUAAGUCUGGACUCUGUCUUGAUGUGGACGGUGUAAGGUCGGGAGAUAAUGUUCUUUUAAGGACCUGUAACAAGAAGAUUUCUCAGAAAUGGUCUUUUGAGCGAUAUUUUAGCUAA